GGACGGAGUGAACAAACGGGUUUUCGUCUCACAAACUCAACUUCCAAGGAAAAAAUAAAAACGAAAAUGGUGGUUUUGCUCCUUCUCCGUCAAGGCGUGUCUUUUUCGAGACAUAUGUCUCAGAUUUUUUAUUUCUUUUUCCAUGGCUUCUCUGGGAUUUUUGAGGUUCAAGAUCAGUACUGGAGCACCCCAGAUGCUACGCUAUCGUGUUUGCCGAGAAACAAGACUCAAUUAAUUAACACAUGUUUCUGACAAAAAAAGACCAAGGGUAGGCAUGAAUCUGAGAAAGGGUUUCAGUGAAAAGAUAAAAAGAGCUAAGAAGAGAGAUGCAAAACUAGAGAAGCUUGAAGCAGGUCUUGCAAGAGCUAGAGCUUUGAUUAGAGAUGCCAUGAUUAAUCAGAGCCGUUCAUUGCCUCUUGAAGAUGCUGAUUAUGUUCCCCAAGGGGACGUCUACAGGAAUGCUUAUGCUUUCCAUCGGAGUUACCUUCUAAUGGAAAGCCUCUUCAAGAUCUUCGUCUACGAAGAAGGUGAACCACCUAUAUUCCACAAUGGUCCUUGCAAGAACAAAUACUCCACGGAAGGAAUCUUCCUUAAAUUAAUGGAAAUGAAUACCCACUUUCGAACCCGUGAUCCUGAUGAAGCUCAUGUUUACUACCUUCCCUUCAGUGUGGCGAUGAUCAUAGACACCCUUUUUGAUCCAAUUAUCCGCGACAAAGCUGUCCUAGAACGUACAGUCGUUGGUUAUGUCCAUACCAUUUCUACUAAGUACCCAUAUUGGAACAGAAGCCUUGGAGCUGAUCAUUUUAUGCUUUCUUGCCAUGAUUGGGGGCCUCGUGCAACACGGUAUGUUCCUCAAUUAUAUUUUACUGCCAUUCGGGUACUAUGUAACGCCAAUACUUCUGAGUACUUCAACCCCAAGAAAGAUGCAUCUUUUCCAGAAAUCAGUCUGGAAACAGGCAAGCUAGAGGGACUUACCGGAGGCUUGCCCCCCUCUAAUCGCACGGUCCUAGCAUUCUUUGCAGGACGUGCAAAUGGCCGUAUUAGGCCUGCACUUCUUCAGCAUUGGAAGGAAAAAGAUGAAGAUGUUCAAGUUUAUGAAAAGCUUCCUGAAGGUAUUUCUUACAAUGACAUGAUGAGGAAGAGCAAGUACUGCAUUUGUCCAAGUGGUUGGGAAGUUGCUAGUCCAAGAAUCGUGGAGGCAAUCUACGCCGAGUGUGUCCCAGUGUUGAUUUCACAGCACUAUGUCCUCCCUUUCACUGAUGUUCUGAAUUGGGACUCGUUCUCAAUUCAGGUUUCGGUUAGUGAAAUACCAAACCUGAAGAGGAUCUUGAUGGGAAUACCUCAGGAUCGGUAUAUAAGAAUGCAGGAGAGAUUGAAGCAUGUGCAACGACAUUUUCUGGUGAACGAUCCUCCAAAGAGAUACGAUGUCUUCCACAUGAUAAUUCACUCAAUUUGGUUACGAAGGAUGAACGUUCUUGUUUAUAGUCGAUAAAUUCAUGGCGAACCAUAAGAUGGUUGCACGCAUGAUUCCCUUUGUAGCAUUGAGAACACGUUUAGGAGCUUUGGAAAUUAUGUUGUGCCAGAUCAGUAGUUACAAUAAUUCACCAUGUACUUCAUCAUUUUUGUUAGGGUUUGAGGCUAUGUUGAGUUUUCAGCGCGGCUUUUCUUCUUUUCAUUUGCUGAUUUACAGAAGCAGCAAUAGCUUAGACUCUGAUUUGUAUGCUUGUUUAGUUGUUUGAUUCAAUAAUUUCAAUGGGUUCACUGGGAAUUUAGCGGGUACUGUUACUCACUUAGUUGAUGUAUAUUUUAUUAUACGUUGUUUUAGCUUAGACGGUGAUCCGUAACAUUAAUUAUACUUUUAAAAAUUAA